UCGCGUUCCGGAGCACCAGAUGCAUCCCCAAGACCCAUCGAGUUGCGCGUCGGCGAGCAGAGAUAUACAAGGCUGGAAAGUAAGAUUUUGUACAAGGCUUUCUUGCCACAGAGUAGGUGGGAAACGCUGAGAAGUCUUUCGAGGCUGCAUCGGCUUUUGAUCGUCGCUUGCAUCUUUGCAGCGAUGACCCAGUAAGUGCUGAUGCUCAGCGCAAGCGGUUAGUGCCUGACAUUUCUCCAGGGGUUGGGAUCAAGCUGCUAUGGCUGGAGCUGCUAUCGAAGUAAUGAAUGACUUAGGUAAACCUACCACCGCAGGCCCCAGCUCUGGCGUCACGAGGCGGACGGACGGCGAUCUUAAUGUCGGCCUCGACCAUAAUGCCUGGCUGCUCGGAGUCACGGUCGGGGUACCGUUCUUCGCUGGCGCAGUACUAGGUUUAAUCAUUACCGACCCAAUCACCAGAAUCCUCCGCUUUGGCCGUCGAGGUGCUAUAUGCGCCGCGGGUAUAUUUAGCUUCAUAUCGGUUGUAGGCUCUGCUUCGGUUCACAAGUGGGAGCAUCUUCUUGGGUUCAGAAUCUUGUUGGGUGCCGGCAUGGCAGGCAAAGCCUCAAUCGUGCCUAUCCUGCUUUCUGAAACCUCGCCCAAAGAUGUACGCGGCUUUCUGCUGGUGUUCUGGCAGCUUUUCGUGGCAUUUGGGCUAGCUGCCGGAUCGGUUGCGAAUAUGGCCGUGUAUCGCCUCGAUGUGCAUUCGAGCUGGCGAUACAUGUUCAUCUCCGCAUUCAUUCCAGCAUUAAUAUUACUAUCAUUGAUCCUUUUCUCGCCUGAAUCACCUCGGUGGCUGUUGAAAGAAAGCGGCGCCUUGGGAAAACACUCGGAAGUCGACGAACCUUCGGAGAAUCAUCCUCAAAGGGGAGAGCUCAUUCGGGCGGCCUACAACUCCCUUGUCGAUCUCCGAGGCGAAGCUGUUCCCAUACUUGCCGCUGGCGAACUGUUCAUGAUGCACACGCGACUGAUCGACGAGCAGCGGCGACUAAAGGCAGCAUUAGAUCGUCGUUCAUAUACGUCCAGUGCGGCCGGUAGGACCACAAAUGCAAGAAACCCUUUCUUCGAGGUCAUUCAACAUAUCAGCUGGCGAGAGAGAGUCACGUUGAUCUUUUUUCGCUCUGGUUAUACGAAGAGAGCACAUCGAGCUGCAAUUGCUGUGAUGGUCUCACAGCAAUUGUGUGGCAUUAACUUGAUAGCUUUCAUGGCCGAUUACUUUUUCCGAUACUCCUUCUUCCAUGGCGACCGUCACACGAACCCGGACCAAAACAUGCAGCUACUGGGCGCAUCCCUUGGGCUGAUGCUCCUCAACUUCAUCGCUACAAUCCCCGCCCUGUUCUAUAUUGACGAUUCCGACGGACGCAGGCGACUGCUGAACUGCUCAUUCCCAGCCAUGGCAUCAUCAUUGCUAGUCUCUGCUUUAGUUCUGAAGAUUCCGAACCGAGUUGUAGCCAUCGCUCUACACUAUGUCUUCUUGGUCAUAUUCAUGAUCGCAUAUUCCAUCGGGGAAGGUCCAGCCGCUUUCGUCAUUUCAGCAGAAGUCUUUCCCCUCGUCAACCGAGAACUCGGCAUGAGUCUCGCAGUGUGUUGGAACUUCAUGGGAGCCGGAAUUCUCGCCGUCUUCGCCCCGUCGCUGCUGAAAGCACUCGAUCAAUUCGGCGUACUCUUGUUGUUCGCAGGCACCAACCUUGUCGCAUGGUUUCUUUGUUACUGGCUUGUUCCCAGUACCGGCCAAGAAAACCUGGAGGAAGUAUUCGAGCAGCUUGACAUCACCACGUGGUUCAUGUUCAAAUACACUUUGAAGGCGAUAUCACACGUACUCACAGCUCCAGUAGAUCGCUGCUUGCGACGACCCUCUAAGCUUUUGAAAGAGUGUGGCUAUCCGAAGAAACUCGGCCCGCCAAGACAGGAGUGGGAGGAGUGGAAGAGGCGAGCGCAACAAUCGGGAGCCAUUCUUGCUGAUCCUGCGGACGUCUCCUCAGAGUCAAGCGCAGAUGAGACCGAUGUGCCGAGUGAUACGGAGCCCGGUACUGGGAUUGAACUGCUUCAUAUGGCAACGCGUCCCUCAAGAUGACUUCAUUGAAUAAGCGCAGUAUGGAUUUCGGAAGCUGGAAGCAGCUUGUCGGCGAUAAAUCAUUAGAGUACCAGCGAUCAGUCGCAAAUAUUGAACCCCAUAACAGGGGCUCCAAGGCCUAUCAACUCGUUACUAGUAUAAGUUUAGAAUGUGUCUACUGAUAACAAUAAAAUCACACUAAACUUCUUCACUACCAUGCGACGCGACACCAUGUUC